AGUUGCGUGUGAGUUUGACAGCGGAUUCAUUUCCGGCUGCUGUCGAUCUCUCUCUUUUUCCGUCAACUUUGAUUGAAUAAACUGCACACUUUGGUGUCAGCUUUGGAAAUUCAAUCAAUUUUCGCAUCAACUAGAUAAAAUGGCCAAGCGUACCAGGAAAGUCGGAAUCGUCGGAAAGUAUGGUACCCGUUAUGGUGCCUCCCUCCGUAAGAUGGUGAAGAAAAUUGAAAUCACCCAACACGCCAAGUACACCUGCACAUUCUGCGGAAAGGAUGCCAUGAAGAGGUCCUGCGUCGGAAUCUGGUCCUGCAAGCGUUGCAAGCGCGUUGUCGCCGGUGGUGCCUGGGUGUACUCGACCACUGCUGCCGCCUCGGUGCGUUCGGCCGUCCGUCGAUUGCGCGAAAUGUAAAAUGUUGGUCAUCAAGAAACCCGUAACCGACAUCGAUAACAACAAGCAAAAACAAACACGCUGAAAUUCCAUCUUCUCUAAUACUGUGGGGAUGUUUUGUUUUUCUUAAUUUUUUUUUUAAGAAGAUCCAACAAUGUAAUUUAUUGUUCAUGGAAGUAAGGCGAGAUAUGUGUUGCGAAAAGGCAAGGAAUCGAGAUUCCUUCAAUAAAACCAUCUGAAAGAGUACC